AUCCCGCUUUUCAGAAGAUGCACUAUUAUAGAUACUCGAAUGCCGAGGUCAGCUGCUGGUACAAGUACCUUCUCUUCAGUUACAACAUCGUUUUCUGGCUGGCCGGAGUUGUCUUCCUCGGCGUCGGACUGUGGGCAUGGAGCGAAAAGGGUGUGCUGUCCGACCUCACCAAAGUGACGAGGCUGCAUGGGAUUGACCCUGUGGUGCUGGUCUUGCUGGUGGGCGUGGUGAUGUUCACCCUGGGCUUUGCUGGCUGCGUGGGGGCCCUCCGAGAGAACAUCUGCCUGCUCAAGUUUUUCUGCGGGGCCAUCGUAUUCAUCUUCUUCCUGGAGCUGGCUGUGGCCGUGCUGGCCUUCUUGUUCCAGGACUGGGUGAGAGACCGGUUCCGGGAGUUCUUUGAAAACAACAUCAUAUCCUACCGGGACGACAUCGACCUGCAGAAUCUCAUCGACUCCCUCCAGAAAGCGAACCAGUGCUGCGGAGCGUACAGCCCUGAAGACUGGGACCUUAAUGCCUACUUCAACUGCAGCGGCUCUAGCUACAGCCGGGAGAAGUGCGGGGUGCCCUUUUCCUGCUGUGUGCCAGAUCCCGCGCAAAAAGUUAUCAACACCCAGUGUGGCUAUGAUGUCAGGACCCAGCCGAAGAACAAGUGGGACGAGUCCAUCUUCACGAAAGGCUGCAUCCAGGCACUGGAGGGCUGGCUCCCGAGGAACAUCUACAUCGUGGCUGGCAUCUUCAUCGCCAUCUCACUGCUGCAGAUCUUCGGCAUCUUUCUGGCAAGGACCCUGAUCUCCGACAUUGAGGCAGUGAAGGCAGGCCACCACUUCUGAGCAGCGGAGGUGGGUGAGGAACCAAGCCCCGUGGUUGAGGCAAAGCUGUCCGCGUCUCUGACUUUUACUGUAGAGAGAGCCAGUGCCCUGCCCUCUGCACCAGCGCGACGUGCUGCCGCCGCAGAACGUGGUCCUUCCUGCCUAUGUGGACGCGUGACUGUGUCCCCACUGUGGUCUGCUCAAACAGGGUCAGACCUCCUUGAGGUCAGGUGCCACCCAGCUCCCACCCCGAGGCUACCUGCUCACUCUGUGCCAACCUCGUGUGGUGAGCGGGGCUGAGCUGGGGGUGCUCACAGAGUGGACCAACCAGCGGCCAAGGGGCCUCAUCUGAAGUCUGGUGUGUGUGCGUGUGGGAAAAGCAAGCAGACCUCCGGCCUCGGCAACUGGGCUGUUGUUGGCAGGACCCUCGACCAUGCCGCUGUGAAGUAAGCCUGAGCCCGCGUGUGCCACCGGAAAGCCUCGUCACUGCCCUCCAGGCCCCUCCCCAGGCAAGCCCCGCUUUGGUUUCUGCAGCAUUAGGCAUUGGGGGGCGUGGUCUCACAGUGUACAUAGUUUAUUUAUAGUGGUAACAAUGUUCUCACCGCCUGUCUUCCUGCCCUCUUCUUUCCUUGGCAUCCUCUUCUAAGCAGCCUUACAUGGUGUCCUGGAUUGAAGCCCUUCUUAUCCAUGCCCCCAGUAGCCCCAGCAGCCCCUCCUUCGUCCCCAGUGACCCUGGUGCCGUGUGUCCUCAUCCUAUGCUCCCCAGACCCUCCCCCCCACUCCCCACCCAGACUGGCCUCCUGUCUGUUAUGGUCUUUGUGCUACUGACUGUCCCUAGAACUUGAAUCCCCUCCCUCCCUUCCCCCUGUAGAGCCAGGGCCCCUAUGGUGGCCACAUGCCAAGGCUGGUCAGCCUGGUAUACCUUAUCCUGGAAGAGGGCCUCUGUGGUCGGACUCCUCGGCAGAGUCUUGACCCCAGGCUGGAGCUGCUCCGAAGACCAGGGCGUUUUGUUUCUCACUCUGUGUCGAGUGCCCCACUGGGAUACCUGGUCCCCAUGCCCAGCUUCCUGUCAGGGCCUGUUUGAGAGAUGCUGUCUGUCUUGUGUCCCGAGUAACCCCUGGGAAAGUCAUGGGGCUGGGCUCUCUCCUAACGCUUGCCCAUAGCUGGACCAGUGCUACCCCCGUUGUUCAGGGAUCGCGUCUACCUUUACGUACUUGCCCAAGUGUACAUUCCAGACUGGUGCAUACUGGUGGGUGUUUGUGGACAAUAUUAUUUCUUUUGAUUUUGGUAAUUUUCCUCUCAGUAGACUAGGGAAAAGAUACUCGUGUUUUUAGGAAAUGUGACACUUUUCUUUGCCUGCUGCCAAAACUCUUUUAUGGAAUAUAUCUUUAUAUUAAA